AUAACAGGGCGGUACUUGAAUGGGCUGUUCAGGAAGGGCCCCUCAUCAUCUGGCAUUACUAGGCUGUUAUUAUUUCAUGGGUGUUAAUUACGCUUUGGUUAAUGUUUGGUUCGCUGCGUUGUUUCGGGACACUUAACUAAUGAGCAGUGGACCGCUGGACUGCGGGGGAGAGAUCGACCCAAAAGGGAAGGGAGACAAAAAUCCAUCGGCUGAACUCGCAGGCUCGCAGCGGUAGGAUCGCGGCAUCCCGGAGCAGGAGGAGGCUGAGGCCGAGAGACCCGCCUGUGAGCCAUGGGUUUCCGCAAGAAGAACAAGAGCCCACCGGUGCUCAGCCACGAGUUUGUGAUCCAGAACCACGCCGACGUGGUGUCGUGCCUGGCCAUGAUCAUUCUGCUGGGCCUGAUGUUUGAGGUCACAGCAAAGUUUGCCAUCAUGUUCAUCACAGUCCAGUACAACGUCACGCACGUUAUUGAUGAAAAGAAUGAUCCGGUGAACCUUUACCAUUAUGGUCCUAAAGAUGUGGCUACUGUGUUUUUUUACCUUCUAAUUGUUGUCAUUCUUCACGCCCUGAUACAAGAGUAUAUUCUUGAUAAAAUGAAUAGAAGGCUCCAUCUAUCAAAGACCAAACACAGCAAGUUCAAUGAAUCAGGGCAAUUGGCAGCAUUUUACCUGUUCUCCUUCAUUUGGGGCUGCAGCAUCUUGACAGGGGAGGACUUUGCAAAAAAUCCCACUUUCUUAUGGGAAGGUUACCCACACACUCACAUGGUUUUUCAGGUCAAGUUUUUCUACAUUUGCCAAAUUGCCUAUUGGCUCCAUGCACUUCCUGAGCUAUACUUUCAGAAAGUACGCAAGGAGGACAUCCCUCGCCAACUCUACUACAUUUGCCUUUAUGUUGUUCACAUCACUGGUGCCUACAUCUUAAACCUCCACCGACUCGGUGUGGUGUUGCUGGUCCCUCACUACUUGGUGGAGCUUCUGUUUCAUGCCUCACGCCUCUUCUACUUCAGUGAUGAGAACAAGCAGAAGGGUUUCACUCUAUGGGCUUUGCUUUUUGUCAUCGCUCGUCUCCUCACUCUCACUCUGUCAGUCCUGACGUUUGGCUUUGGUUUGCCCCGGACAGAAAACCAAGGCUUUUCGCUUGUGGAAGGCAACUUUAAUGUGCUCACCAUAAGGAGUGCAUGCUUGGCAGCCAUCUGCCUGACUCAGGCUUGGAUGAUGUGGAAGUUCAUCAAUUUCCAGUUGAAGAAGUGGAGGGAACACAGCCAGAACCAGGCAUCAAAGAAGAAGACAGCCAGCCCAAAGAGCAAACCUCACAAAAGAGAGCUGACAAGGGCAGGAGCUGCUAAUGGAAUUGUGAAGGCUGACGAUAAAGCAUCACCACGGGCGAGAAGAGUUAAAAACUCAUAAAGAUGGCGCAGUUGAGAAAAAGCUGACGCGGUGACAUACUGUGUGUUCUUUACACCACUUAACAAUGUGUCUAAUUCCAUCUAGACAAAGUCCCACUAAGAAACCUCAUGUAGCUGUCUCUUUCGAAUUCAGAUUCACUUUGUGAGAUACUUCGAGUUGUCACCUUGGUUUUCUGCCGGUUGGAGUUUGGCAGGACCGGGUCGCGUCUGAGGCUUUAAACCGAACAGAUUUCACUCUUCAAAAAAAGUGUCCUUUUGUGUACAACCUUGAUCUUGUGUUGAGUUAUGACAUAGAAUGAGUCCGCAUUUCAGUUCUUUAAAUUGAAACUUAAUGUGAAGUGUUAAUUGACAUAUAAACUGCACAGGGUUGAUUGGUUGCUUGCUUAUUUGUUUGGUUUUGUUUCGGCCUUGAUAGUGAAACUGACCAAACAGGCUGCUGGGUCAUAUCCUAAAAGCCUUUAUUGCACAGCACUAAAGCAUCCCUAAAACUCACUCUGUGUAUAGUUAGUAUUGUUAUUUGGGUACUGCGUCAAAGUUGGGACCGAAUGAUCAUUUAUUGCCAUUACAGAUGGUCGGAGCCUUUGAAAUCCAACACUGGAUUGAGGCACUUUUUCUUGUUGCAUUUACAAAACCCUGAUUCCAAUGAAGUUGGGACAUUGUGUAAAAUGUCAAUCAAAACAGAAUACAAUGAUUUGCAAAUCUUUUCCAAACUAUUGCACAUUCAAUUGAAUACACGACAAAGACAAGAUAUUUAAUGUUCUGAUAAACUAUGGAUUAUUUUGCAGAUGCUUUUUUUAAUUUAAUGGAUUCAAUUUGAAAAACCUUCCAAAAAAGCUGCGACAAUGACAACAAAACACUGGGAAAGUAGAGCUGUGAGAAAAGAAAAAAAAACACCAGUUUGGAAAAUUCCACAGGUGAACAAGUUAGCUGGAAACAGCUGAGUGUCAUGUGUGGGUAUAAAAGGAGCAUCCCAGAAAGGCUCAGUUGUUCACUCGCAAGGAUGGGGAGAGGUUAUCCACUUUGUGAACAAUUGCAUAAGCAAAUAGUUCAACACUUUUAGAACGUUUGUCAACAUACAAUGGCAAGGAAUUUAGGGACUUCAAAAUGCAUAGUCCAUAAAAAUCAACAAAAGAUUCAGAGAAUCCGGAGAAAUGUCUCCAAGUAAUCUCACUGAGGGAGGAACGUUUGCGAGUGUUCGCCAAGGGAGCAAAUGUUCAUUGAAGGUCGCAAAUGUUUGCCAAAUGUUCUCCAGACGUUCGUUCGCCAACAGUUUUAAUGUGUUUUCUUGUCGCAAGGAAAUGUUCAACAUACAAGGCCAAAAACCAACAUUGAAUGCUUGUGACCUUCGAUUCCUCAGGCAGCACCGCAUUAACAACUGGCAUAUUUUUGAAAAGGAUCUUGCCACGUGGCCUCAGGAGCACUUAAGAAAAUCAUUGGCAGUUAACUCAGUUUGUGGCUACAUCUGUAAAUGCAAGUUGAAAAUCUAACAUGCAAAGCAAAAGUCAUCGAUCAACAACACCCAAUGAUGGCACCGGCUUCUCUCGGCCCGACCUCAUCUGAGAUGGAAAGUAGAAAAGUGUGUUGUGGUCUGCCGAGUCCACAUUUCAAAUUUUAGUCGGAAAUCAUGGAUCAUGUACUCCAGGCCAGAGGGAAAAAAGACCAUGCGGAUUGAUUUAGCUUUUGCGUCAAAGUGUGCGAGGACUAAAGUGGGCUUCAUGCAGUCUACACUAAAGGGUGACAUUUUUGGGGGAAUCCUGCUGGAUUCUGACAGGAUGCGAGUCAACUUUAUGUUUAAUCACGGGAUUGGGACAUGACAGGAGAAAAAGUUCGGAGAAGCAGGAGUAUCCAGGAGGAGAGAAAAAAAAACUUUAGAUGGAUGUGCAACCAUUUUUAAUGUAGAUGACCUCCUCCUGGGCGCACAAAGGAAGUGAGAGUCUUUCUGAACAGGAGCAGUGGGGUGGGACGGAAGUGAAAAUCCACUCCCAUGUAACGCUCUAGUCCAGACUCCCAUUGAAAAUGUGUGCUGCAUUAUGAAGCGCAAAAUAUGAUAACAACCACUCCGGACAUCGAGCAACUGAAGUUGUUAAUCUAGCAAGAAUGGGAAAGAAUUCCACCCACAAA